AUGCCAAUCGCCACCAAUAACCCUGGGAAGAUCUUCUUUGUCAACUUGGCCAUCGAGAAAGUGAAGGCGUCGGGUAAGAUGUCAUUUCCAGGCUCGACGAGGGUGAACAAUGUAUUGCCUUUGGCCAUGCACAACUCUUCUUUUCAAUUUUCGGACGCAAAUUUCGAGAAAGAGAAGGUCGAGCUAAGCCCAGGAGAGCUCCUGGACCACGCUGUAUUGGCUAUGUAUGGUCUCAAUUCGAGCGAACGAUACAACCUCAAUGUAGCCAUGACCAAUCCAAAACAGCUCUUCUCGCUCUAG